GGCAUUUUGAUGCUGUGCACUUUUGGCCAUACUAAACAGCUGGCAAAUAUUUUGCAAAUUGAAAAUAUUCGUAUAUUUUAGUAAAAUUGCUGAUAAAACUGCAGUUAAGCCAUGGAAAUUGCGGACACCUACUACAGUAAGGACGAAUACGUGGAGACGGCCUCCGGCAACAAAGUCAGUCGGCACACGGUGCUCUGCGGCUCCCAGAACAUCGUGCUCAACGGCAAGGUGAUCGUCCAGAGCGGCGCCAUCAUCCGUGGCGAUCUGGCCAACGUCCGCACGGGAAGGUUCUGCGUGAUCGGCAGGGACUCCGUCAUCCGGCCGCCCUAUAAGCAGUUCAGCAAGGGCAUCGCCUUCUUCCCCAUGCACAUCGGAGACCAUGUUUUCGUGGGCGAGGGAGCCGUCGUCUCGGCGGCCACCAUCGGGUCCUGUGUUUACAUCGGCAAGAAUGCCAUUAUUGGUCGCCGCUGUGUUCUCAAAGACUGCUGUGUGAUCGAGGAUGGAGCUGUCCUGCCACCGGAGACUACGGUGUCCAGCUACAUGCGGUACACGGCCAAGGGAACCAUCGAGGGCGGCCAGGGGAACCCGUACUUCGUGCCCGCCGCCAUGCAGGACGAGAUGAUCAACUACACAAAGUCAUUCUAUGAGCACUUCGUGCGAGCUCCAGCACCGGCCAGCUGAAAACUAUAGGUACUACUUUUGAUGGCAUAGAUAUUAUAGAUAUGAGUAAUAAUUACAUUACCCCCCUCUCAAA